AGUCGCGGUCGUAUUGCGGUUGUACUCACUACUCAGUAUAUUGCCGGAUUUUUAAAAACGAAAAGCUCCGUUUUCUAUCCUCUGAAUAAUCGUGACACGCUCGCGAGUCAGAGGAUCUUCGGAUCAUGGCCGAAUAUCUGGCGUCAAUUUUCGGCACCGAAAAGGACAAAGUCAAUUGCUCGUUUUAUUUCAAGAUAGGCGCCUGUCGACACGGAGAUCGAUGCUCGCGAAUUCACAACAAGCCGACUUUUAGUCAGACGUGUCUACUGCAGAAUCUUUACGUAAACCCUCAGAAUUCUGCGAAAAGCGCAGAUGGAUCUCAUUUGGUUGCGAACGUAUCCGACGAGGAGAUGCAGGAGCAUUAUGACAAUUUUUUCGAGGACGUUUUCAUCGAGUGCGAGGACAAGUACGGCGAGAUCGAAGAGAUGAACGUGUGCGACAAUCUCGGCGAUCACCUGGUCGGAAACGUUUACAUUAAGUUCCGCAGGGAGGAAGAUGCGGAGAGGGCGGUCAACGAUCUGAACAAUCGUUGGUUCGGCGGCAGGCCGGUUUACGCCGAGCUCUCGCCCGUCACCGAUUUCCGCGAGGCAUGCUGUCGCCAGUAUGAAAUGGGCGAGUGCACGCGCUCUGGAUUUUGUAACUUCAUGCACUUGAAGCCGAUAUCCCGGGAGCUCCGCCGGUACUUGUACAGCCGUAAGAAGGGCAAGGGUCGAUCGAGGUCACGAUCGAGAUCGCGAGGUCGCGACCGCAGGAGGAAGUCCCGAUCCAGGGAUAGAAGAUCCAGAUCUAAAGAUCGGCGCAAGGGAAGAGACGAGAAGGGCAGGGAUGGCCGAUCUGGUCGCUAUUAAAAUAAAAUUAUAUUCAUACACUUAAGCCGAUAUUCAUAGUCAGAUCUUAUAUUUAAGAUCGUCUUAAGUUUAUCUUUAGAUGCUGACAACUGACAACUCGUUUCAUUGGCUACGGAGUAUUUAAAGAUGAACUUAAGACGAUCUUAUAUAUAAGAUCUGACUAUGAAUACCAGCCUUAGAUUUCGUUUCUUGUUAAUCCCAAUUCUAUUUGAUUUCAACAAAUUACAUAAAUUAUUCCUUUAUUAUCAAACAAAUAAUAGACCGAAGGUUUCUGUAAAAGAUUUUCUGUCUAAUUGAUAAUUUUUUUUCCGUUUUAUUUUCCUCGUUCAAUAUCGAAUUGCUGUGGUAUUGUGACACGAGUUCUGUAAUAACGGUAUAGGCGGCAGCACCAAUUCACUGAUGGCUAAAAAAAUACAGUAUUGUAUUUUUACGAUGUAUUUUUUUUUGUUUCUAUAUUUCAUUUAAGAUAGAUAAUGUAUAGGUGCUCAAAUUUUUAGUUUUUACAUUAAAAUAUUGGGAAAAGUA